AUGUCUGAUACGUCCAUUACUUCGCCGUCGGACUCUGAGAAGCCGCGCUACGACAACAAGAAGAUCGCCAACCCCCACCUGUCCGAUGAAGCGGCCGGUGAGACGGGCGAGGAGUUCCGCGAAGAUGCCGAACGAGCCAUCGCGGCGGCGGGCGAGCACAAGUUCAACCGUCUAGGAUGGAAGCGUCUCACCGUCGUCCUCAUCGUUGAGGCUAUUGCUCUCGGUAGUUUGUCUCUGCCCAACGCCUUUGCUACUCUCGGCAUGGUGGCUGGCACCAUCUGCUCCGUUGGUCUUGGUCUUCUUGCCAUCUACACGAGCGAUCUCGUCGGCAUGGUCAAGAUCAAGUUCCCCGAGGUUGCCCACUAUGCCGAUGCCGCCAGAUUGGUCGCUGGCAAGUUUGGAUACGAGCUCGUUGGAGCCAUGUUUGCCCUCCAGUUGGUUCUGCUCAUCGGAUCUCACUGCUUGACCGGUGCCAUUGCCCUGCUCAACAUCUCCGACAACGCCAUCUGCUCUCUGGGCUUUGCGGCAAUCUCUGCCAUCAUCCUCUGGCUUUUGGCGCUUCCUCCCAGUUUCACCGAGCUGGCCAUCCUGGGUUACAUUGAUUUCGCUUCCAUCAUCAUUGCCAUUGGUAUCACCAUGAUUGCUACCGGUAUCAAGGCUAGCCACGAUGGUGGGCUGUCGGCGGUGCCCUGGUCUGCCUGGCCAAAGGAGGACCUGACCUUUGUCGAUGCCUUCAUUGCCAUUACCAACAUCGUCUUUGCCUACAGCUUUUCCAUCUGCCAGUUCUCCUUCAUGGACGAGAUGCACACCCCCAAGGACUACAAAAAGUCCAUCUGGGCUCUUGGCCUCAUCGAGAUUGCUAUUUACACCAUCACCGGUGCGGUCAUCUAUGCCUUUGUCGGACCGGACGUCAAGUCCCCCGCCCUGCUCUCCGCUGGCCCUCUGAUCUCCAAGGUUGCUUUUGGUAUUGGCUUGCCCGUCAUCUUCAUCUCGGGAUCCAUCAACGGCACCGUCGUCGGACGCUUCAUCUUCUCGCGCGCCUUCAAGGACUCCAUCAUCCGAUACAUCAACACUCCCAGGGCGUACAUCAUCUGGGCCAGCAUGCUCGCUGUCUUGACCAUUAUCGCGUGGGUCAUUGCUGAGGCCAUUCCCUUCUUCUCCGAUCUUCUCGCCAUCUCGUCCUCUCUCUUCAUCUCCGGCUUCACCUACUACUUCCCUGCCAUCUUCUGGUUCGUGCUCCUCAAAGAGGGCAGCAUGUUUGAGAGGAAGAACAUUGUCCACUUCAUUUUGAGCAGCCUUUCCAUGGUUGUUGGGCUUGUUGUGCUGGUGGCGGGUACAUAUGCCAGUGCUGUUGACAUUAAAAACCAAUACCGCGAUGGAACCGUUCGAUCACCUUUCACUUGCGCGCCUUUGGCAUAA